UAUCGAGGUCGCCUUUCCGUCCUGGGUUAUUAUGCUGACUGUGAAUAUGUAAGGCUAUCAGUGGCAUUUGGACAUUGCCUCACUUGAUCGAACGGGCUUCCCUUGGUCGAACGGGGCAGAAACUGCUGGAUAUCAGUACCGGAAUAACCAGCUGCCAUUGGCAUGUAUGAUGGUACACUCCCUAAUGCUUCGAGUAAGUACAUAAAGAUGAUUGCCCGGCGUACACCAGAGCCAGACACGGGGUAAGGACAGAAGUCAGAGACUGCUAAUAUCACCGGGACCGGUCUGCUGCCCAACGACCGCGCUUGUAUGUGCUUACCAUGCAAAGCGCGACAUCAAACCAACAAUGUCUGCGGCACAAAACUUUAAAUCUCAACACGAUAACUACAUAGCCACAGAGAAAAACACACUGGACACUUGCGCCUCCUCCAGUCGGUCUUAUUCUGCUCGCAUAGGCUGAGGCUCGAGUACAUAGCUGUCUACCGGUACCCAGCAUAUAACCCGCGGCUUGACUGCAGCAUUUUCCGGUAGACGCUGCUGCCCCCUCUGGUCGAUCAUCUACAAUCCGUUCUAUCAUACAUUGGACAUGGCAGCAGGCUACGACAGAAUUGCGGCCUUUCUGGCCUCAGACCCACCGUCGAUGUUUUUCCGUCGGUUCGCGAGACUGAACGCCAAAAAUAUACUCUAUUACCAAGCGGAACUGGGAGACCUCGCAGCAGACCUCGAAGAGAUCAUCAGUCUCGAUAGGGACAGCGCCUCUCGUGAUGGCGGAAACGAGAAACACUAUCCGUUUUCUAUCGGGCAUCUCAAGGGCUCCUUGGGGAAUUCAGAGAAUGCUUCCAUGCAAUGGGAGAAGUUUCUGGAGAUUCGCAAGCUGCUCAAAGAAUACAACGAAGCCCUGAUUCAGCAAUCCCAGUUGAUGCGACUUCGCAGCCCCGACGAAGCAGAACUCGCGGGUUUUCGCGAGUGGCUCAGGUGCCUGGAAGGCGGACCAAGUACGAGACACCAAUGGGACGAUCAAGACGACCUCGUUGCCAUUCUCGCAAGACAAGACGGAACAGAUCACUUUACGCGCUGGAUCUACCGUAAAGCAUUACCCUGGUUUCACGAGCGCUGGGGAUACCGGUUCAAGAAAACCCCCGAUCCAGAGAUAGGAGCUUACCUCUACCGCGAUGAAUCCAUCAAGUCUUUCACCAAUGCACUCAGCAUUUUCAUCUCGGGGCUCCUGCCUGCAUCGUCUAUCAUUGUCCUGUUCUUUGUGAAGAGUGUUCCCUUGCGACUUGCGAUCAUAUUUAUAUACAAUAUCACGUUUGCCAUGGUCCUCGGCUUCAUGGUGAAGGCUAGGCGCUCUGAGAUGUUUGCUGCCUCUACAGCAUUCGCGGCUGUGCAGGUCGCGCUCAUUACCAGCUCGGACGGGAAAUCCUGCUAGAGAUAUUGUCUCUGGUAUGUCGAUCUACGCGGGGCCCUACUGGGGACAGCCUGUUUCAGCAGAGACGGUAUCCCACUCGUUGCAUUUGAGUCACCUGCGGAACGAGUAUCGGUUCGUGGAAGUCGCUUGAUGUCUUAGGCGAGUAAUCUUUCAGCUGUUAUCACUGAAUGCGAAUGCGGUUCCUGUCGAACACGGGUCAUAAUUCAAGCAUAGCAUACUUCGAGUCAUCCAGACCAUACUGGGACAUGUUUUGCAGGCCCAUGUCGACACAUUUCGAGUAUUCCUGGAAGAGCUCAGAAAGAUGGACGCACGAAACAAUCCGAGGGUUACUAGCAGGUCGCGCAACCAACCAUCCAGCAUUUUCACCAUCCAGGAUUCGUGAACCCGCGAGCAAUACCAGGUCUUUUUUUUAUUAUCUAUUCUCUGCUGAAACUACGAGCCGGUUGUAUCAGCGGGGAGCAGCGACGGGGCUGGGCGAGGGCAUUGAUUGCGGGGCUGUCCGUGUGGCGUGAGGAUAAGCGUAAACAGUCGUGGUAGCAGUUUGAUGGGUACGUGUGGCCGGGGGUUGCGGGGGCGGAAUGCGAUCCAUGGCGAGUUGAGGGGAUCGUGAGGAGUGUCUGUUAGGAGGGGUUGGAUUGUUAUCAGCGGGGUAUCUUUAGGACUUUUGGGUAUGGGUAUAGUAGGUGAUCCUGAUCUUG